GAUGGCUAAAUCUUUUCCAUUCCUGGCUACAUAUUCGGUAGACAAGAAUGGUGAACGAUAUAAUCAGACAGCAAUUAUAGAUUCAAAUACCGGGAUGUUAAAUGAAACAGCUUAUCAAGAAUAUGGACCAGUAUAUCUGAGUGUAACAUUUGCUAUCGGAUAUUUUUAUUCAUUUAUUUCCUUCACCGCGGCAAUUACACAUGUAAUUCUUUUUUACGGAGAUGAAAUUUGGGCAAGAUUCAAAGCAAGUCGAUCAGAAGAAGUGGAAGAUAUUCAUUGUAAAAUGAUGAAAUACUAUGAAGGUUGUACAAAUUAUAAUU